CUUCAAAAUACCCUGGCGAGCCAGGGGCCGGCGUGUGUGAGGGGCCGGGGCAGGGAGAGGUUUCGUACCGCCGGGGCUGCACGGUAAUCAAGGGGCUUCCCGCUCGGCGCCGCGGGAUGUUCCCAGCCGCCCUGCUGGGCUAGCGGGAGCGCAGCAGCCCCUUCAGGCAGCCGGAGGGAAGCCGCCGCUGCCCCUUCUUGUGGGAGGGGGCUGUCGCCUGUCCCCUCGCCCCGGCUGCGUGCGGCUGAGGGAGCCCGCGGGGAUGACGCUGAGCGAGAAGCUGGAGACGCAGGGAGUUGGGGGCGCUCCCGAUGCUUCUGUUACCCUCUUGCCCUGCCCGGCGCUGCGGGAGCAGCAGGACGCCCAGGCGGCGGCUGGGGAGCCGAGGCAAGAGAACCGAGAGGGGUGUCCAGGCGGCCAGUCCGCUCUGCUGAUGGUGGGUCCCCCGGAGGAGCAGGAGGGGCAGCAGGGGGCCGAGGCCCCUGAGGGCGGCUGGGGCUGGGUGGUGAUGCUGGCCGCCAUGUGGUGCAACGGUGCGGUGUUCGGCAUCCAGAACUCGUGCGGCGUCCUCUUCGUCUCCAUGCUGAGAGAGUUCGGCUCGCAGGACGACAAGCAGCUGGUGUUCAAGACAGCCUGGGUGAGUUCCCUGUCCAUGGGAAUGAUUUUCUUCUGCUCUCCCUUAGUCAGUGUAUUCACAGACAUAUUUGGUUGUCGAAUAAUAGCCAUUGUUGGAGCUGCAGUGGGGUUUGUUGGACUUCUUUUAAGCUCUUUUGUAAGCACCAUUGAACCUCUGUAUUUCACCUAUGGAAUCUUAUUUGCCUGUGGUUGUUCAUUUGCAUACCAGCCAUCCUUGGUCAUUCUGGGGCACUAUUUCAAGAAGCGCCUUGGACUAGUGAAUGGCAUCGUCACUGCCGGCAGCAGCUUGUUCACUGUGUCACUGCCUUUCCUUUUAAGAGUGUUGAUUGAUUCAGUUGGCCUGUACAACACUUUAAGGGUCCUGUGCAUCCUUAUGUUUGUUCUUUUCCUGGCUGGCUUCACUUACAAACCCCUCAUUUCCAGUGCAAGUGACAAAGAGGGUGGAAAGAAGGGCAUGUUGAGAUUUCCUCCUGCAAAGAAGAUUUUCAGUUUCUCCAUUUUCAAGGUUACGGGUUAUCGAAUCUGGGCUUUUGGAAUCCCUGCUGCACUUUUUGGAUACUUUGUGCCUUAUGUUCACUUGAUGAAACAUGUAAAAGAGAGGCUUGGUGAAAAUGUACAAGAAGAGGUGCUUCUGCUGUGUCUUGGUAUCACUUCAGGAGUCGGCCGAUUGAUCUUCGGCAGAGUUGCAGACUAUAUUCCUGGUGCAAAAAAAGUUUAUUUACAGGUGAUAUCAUUCUUCUUAAUUGGCCUGAUGUCCAUGAUGAUUCCACUGUGCAAUUCCUUGGGAAGUCUCAUUGCUGUCUGCCUCUUCAUGGGUCUGUUUGAUGGCUGCUUCAUUUGUAUCAUGGCUCCUAUUGCCUUUGAGCUAGUUGGUGCACAGGAUGUCUCCCAGGCCAUAGGAUUCCUGUUAGGACUCAUGUCAGUACCUAUGAUAGUUGGUCCACCCAUUGCAGGUAUACUGCGUGACUACCUAGGUACCUAUGAUGUAGCAUUUUACCUGGCUGGAGUUCCCCCCAUGAUUGGAGGAAUUAUAUUAUCUUUCAUCCCAUGGGUUCACGAAAAGAAGAAGCAAAAAGAGAAAGAAAAAGCUGUUGAUGAAGAAACAACUAAGAAAAUGCUGGAGAAUGAAAGCACUUCAGUCUCCGGCACAGCAGAAAAGCCCAGUAAAGAAUCUGAAUCUGUUAUUUGAUGCUGUAUCUUUCCACUGGACUAAAUUAAUUUUUACAGGAGCUAGAUAAGAAUUCUGGCUUUGAGUUGAAAAUAGCAUAUUAUUUUUAAUGGAAUGUGUGCUCAGAUUUCAGAACAAAACUGCUAAGCGCUAAGAAUCUUUUGUACCACUGAGUAGCUUUCUUAGGAGUCCCUGAGUCUAGUUUCAAUCCAUAUUUUUAUGGCAUUUGAGGUUUUAUAGUAUCAGUGUGCAUCUGCUAGUGAUUCUGCGUUUAAGGAGAUUAUUGUUCUAAUCUAUCAGAGCAUGCUUCUGGAAGUGUGAAAGCUGUUUAGUUUGAUUCAUUGGCCCUUCCAGGAUGGCUUCAAUAAUUUUAGUCCAUCAAGUAGAGGCAAAUUCUUGUGUUGUUUUCCUGGAAUUUCUAGUACCUCUUAUGACUGACUUUUGUUUUAAUUUCUUAUGCCAUUUUAACACUUUUUAAAAUUCUAUAUUAUGAUAAUGAAUAGUCAUCUUUUUUUGAUCCUCUAAACUCUAAUCCUUGCUGAAAUUAUCUUGCUUUGGGAGCUAAAUUAUUUAACAGAUCCUCAGUUUUACUUUCUCUUAAUACUCCAACAUGUUCCAUUUGCUUAAACCUACUCUGGAUCACUUUUACCUUUAUUUCUCAGUAGCCUGAACAUAGAACAUUUUAGGAUAAGUUUGUGAUAAUAAAUAUAUUAAACACUCAAAAAGUGAAGGGUAUGAACUCACACAAGCAAAUAAAUUCAGAAUUAAGGAUGUUAAACCAUUAUUAAGUCAUCCUUUGUCCCCAGUGCUACAGUGAAUCUAGUUCUUUUUCAGGUAAACGUCAGAAUAGCUUAGACUUAAAACCAUACAAAGUGCAAUACUUGGGUACAAGACCAUGAGAUAGACAAAGCCCGAAUUCUGAAUUUCUGUGGUUUUUUUCAGGAUUUGACUCUUCAAAAAACAACAAAAAGACAUCUUUAAGGGAUACAUUUUAAGUGUGCAAUACAAUCAAUUGUUCAUACCAAUAAAUGGAAAUAUAUUGUACAUAAGAGCUAUUAAAGCAACAUUAAACAAAUUGGGAAGAGA